CUGCGGCGGCCGGGGGCCCUGCGGGGAGGCGGAGUCGCCUUGGCCGCAGCUGCUGCCCAGCUCGGGGAUUUGAAAGAUUAAGUCCGGGCGGAGAGGGCGGCGGCGUCGGAUGCGCGUGUGGCGGAAGCGCCGGCGGCAUGAACUACCCGGGCCGCGGCGCCCCGCGGAGCCCCGAGCGUAACGGCCGCGGCGCCGGCGCCUGGGAGCUGGGCUCGGACGCGGCGGGCUCGUUCGGCGGCGGCGGCUGCUGCUUCGAGCACCAGCCGGGAGACGGGGUGCCGCUGGCGCUGCUGCACGCCGAGCCGCUGCACCUGGCGCCGGGCACCGACGACCUGAGCCACCUUGCCCUGGACUCGUGCCUCAGCGACGAGAACUACGACUUAAGCUCGGCCGAGUCGGGCUCGUCGCUGCGCUACUACAGCGAGGGCGAGAGCGCGGGCGGCGGCAGCUCGUCCUCGCCUCCGCCGCCGCUGGUCGCCCCGAACUCGGGGGACGGCGGGGCGGCGGGAGGGGGCCCCGGGGACAGAAAGCGCGCCCGGCCCGGCAACGCCGCAGCCCGGCACCGCUACGAGGUAGUGACGGAGCUGGGCCCGGAGGAGGUUCGCUGGUUCUACAAGGAGGACAAGAAGACCUGGAAGCCCUUCAUCGGCUACGACUCUCUGCGCAUCGAGCUCGCCUUCCGGACCCUGCUGCAGACCACGGGCGCCCGUACUCGGGCGGAGGGCCGCGAUGGAGACCCGGUGUGCGGCCCGGCCUCCGGCUCCGGGGAGGAAGACGACGAGGACCGCGCCUGCGGCUUCUGCCCGCGCGCCUCGGGGCCCGAGCCCGAGACGGAGGAGCUGGUGACCAUCGAGCCGGUGUGCGUGCGCGGAGGCCUCUACGAGGUGGACGUCACUCAAGGAGAGUGCUACCCGGUGUACUGGAACCAAGCUGAUAAAAUACCAGUAAUGCGUGGACAGUGGUUUAUUGAUGGAACUUGGCAGCCUCUAGAAGAAGAAGAAAGUAAUUUAAUUGAGCAAGAACAUCUCAGUUGUUUUAGAGGUCAGCAGAUGCAAGAAAACUUUGAUAUAGAAGUAUCAAAACCCCUAGAUGGAAAAGACGUUGUCUACCACCUCCCUCCCUUCUCCCUCCCUUCUCUGUUCAAAUGGAGAGGAUAUAAGGAGAGCGCAGACUCCACAGGUCUUAAGCGAAAGCGUUCCCAAGCUGUUCAUAGUUUCAAACUGAGUCGGAAUCAUGUGGAUUGGCACAGCGUGGACGAAGUGUAUCUCUACAGCGACGCAACAACGUCCAAAAUUGCAAGAACCGUUACCCAAAAACUGGGAUUUUCUAAAGCCUCCAGUAGUGGGACCAGACUUCAUAGAGGUUACAUAGAAGAAGCCACACUGGAAGACAAGCCCUCGCAGACUUCUCAUAUUGUGUUUGUCGUGCAUGGCAUCGGACAGAAGAUGGACCAAGGAAGAAUUAUAAAAAACACAGCCAUGAUGAGAGAGGCUGCAAGAAAAAUAGAAGAAAAGCAUUUUUCCAACCAUGCGACACAUGUUGAGUUCCUGCCUGUUGAGUGGCGGUCAAAGCUUACUCUUGAUGGAGACACUGUUGAUUCCAUUACUCCCGACAAAGUGCGAGGCCUGAGGGACAUGCUGAACAGUAGUGCGAUGGACAUAAUGUACUAUACUAGCCCGCUCUAUAGGGACGAGCUAGUUAAAGGCCUUCAGCAAGAGCUGAAUCGAUUAUAUUCCCUUUUCUGUUCUCGGAAUCCAGACUUUGAAGAAAAAGGGGGUAAAGUCUCAAUAGUAUCUCAUUCCUUGGGGUGUGUAAUUACUUAUGAUAUCAUGACGGGCUGGAAUCCAGUUCGACUCUAUGAGCAGCUGCUACAGACAGAAGAGGAGCUGCCUGAUGAACGGUGGAUGAGCUACGAAGAGCGGCAUCUUCUUGAUGAACUCUAUAUAACGAAGCGACGGCUGAGGGAAAUAGAAGAACGGCUACACGGACUGAAGGCGUCGUCCAUAACACAAGCACCUGCCUUAAAAUUUAAGGUUGAGAAUUUCUUCUGUAUGGGAUCCCCACUAGCAGUUUUUUUGGCAUUGCGUGGCAUCAGACCAGGAAAUACUGGAAGUCAAGAUCACAUUUUACCUCGAGAGAUUUGUAACCGCUUACUAAAUAUUUUUCAUCCUACAGACCCAGUGGCCUACAGGUUAGAGCCGUUAAUUCUGAAGCACUACAGCAACAUUUCCCCGGUCCAAAUCCACUGGUACAACACUUCAAAUCCUCUACCUUAUGAACACAUGAAGCCAAACUUCCUCAACCCAGCAAAAGAACCUACCUCAGUCUCAGAGAGUGAAAGCAUUGCAAAUAUCCCGAGCCCCGUUACCUCCCCGGUCAUGUCACGGCGCCACUAUGGAGAAUCUAUAACUAACAUUGGCAAAGCAAGCAUAUUGGGGGCUGCUAGCAUUGGAAAGGGGCUUGGAGGAAUGUUGUUCUCGAGAUUCGGACGUUCUUCAACAUCACAGCCAUCUGAGACAUCUAAAGACACAGUGGAAGAUGAGAAGAAGCCUGUCGCUUCACCUGCUACUACCACCGUGGUGACACAGACCCUGCCUCACAGCAGCUCCAGCUUCCUCGACUCUGCAUAUUUCAGACUUCAAGAAUCGUUCUUUUAUCUCCCACAACUUCUUUUUCCGGAAAAUGUAAUGCAGAGUAAAGAUGAUAGCCUCGUGGAGCUGGAGCACAGGAUUGACUUUGAACUCCGAGAAGGCCUUGUGGAGAACCGCUACUGGUCAGCCGUCACGUCGCACACUGCCUACUGGUCAUCCUUGGACGUUGCUCUUUUUCUUUUAACAUUCAUGUACAAGCACGAGCGUGGUAACGACACGAAGCCCAGCCUGGAUCCAGUCUGAACUCUUGAAGGAUAUAAAUGGACCAAUACUUUUUUUUUUUCUGUUAAAAUAUGUCAAGAUAUGGAGAGUUGAAGGUUCCAGGUUUUUUUAGGGCAAGAAAUACUUUAAUUUAAAAGCACUUUAUUUGAACAAAAACACAUUUUCAGUUCUAAAGAAAUUAUUUACUGUUUCUGUAAUUUUGAUUGUGAGUCUAGCAAAGCCCCUGCAGAGAAUCAGCAGGCGUGGAAGUGUGGAGGGCUCAGGUGAACUGCAGGGAAGCAGCCAUAGCAGCCCAGCUCUCCAGAAGGAGUCUGAUACAAUGUAUUGACCUACAGAUGUUGUAACUCUAAGGUGGUCAGAGUUGAGUACAUUCUGUGUGAAGACCACAGGGUGGCAUCAUGGGGUUGAUUUUGUGAAGGCUUCCAUGUCCACAGUUACUUUGAAAGAAGAAUAUAACAAAUUUAAAAUGUUCUAAAUUUAACUUGUUUUUUAAAAAAACAACUAAUGCUAAAAAGCAAUAUUUUAACUACUGUACUUAUAAUUUAUUACCUCUAGUUAUUUCAGCAUAUGAAACAUUACAUUUUUAAUGUUUCUUUUGAGCCACAUUUAUUUUGUAUCAUGUUGAGGCCCUUUCUUCUCAAUCCCCCUUUGUCCCUUUAGAUGACCAGAUGAUGCUGUGGCAUACUUCCAGGUUUUGGGGGCUUUUGUUUGUUUUUGUUUUGUUUUUCAUGAAAAACAUGGUUUUACACAAUACUAGUUCAAUUUUUUUUCUUAAUUUUUUUUUUUAUGAUGUCACAUGUACCUCAGAGAAAGCUGAGAGUUUCAACACAGGGACUCCACAUUGGGUAUACUGCAUUGGCUCUGUUAGAAAACACCUUUGGGCUAGAGCGUGUGAUGACUUGAAAUAUGUAAAACCUGUGUGCCAAACAGCUAACAUGUGAAGGGAUGUAAUGCCACCAUCAUUAAUAUUUAGCGCUCUAGAGAAAACAUGGAGACUUGGGCACAGGAAGCGACAGGUUUCCACAGUGCUUUUCAUCUGGUGUGCGUUCUGUGCUCUGUGUAGAUGCUCCCUGAGGUAAGUAACACAUGUUACCAAGUCGCAUGUUUACAUACUGAGGCACCAGUGUUUGAAGUGCCUUGCAUUAGGUUGCACCACAAAUUGAGAGAGUUUGGAUGAAAGGCAGACAGACCAUCUCCUUUUCUGUGCUCACGCGUGACCCUGAACAGUCUGCAGAUGUGAGUGAGCUGGAGAAUAACAGCCCAGUGUCACCUACAGAUAGGUUCUGGACUCACUGAAGGCGGCAGUAGCUGUUCUCACUAUGGCCAACACUUGCUUCUGGGUAGCUCUCCCUGGGCUCCACACAAGGUGCUGUCUUCCUCCUGUGUAAGGAAGGGAUUUGUAGCUGCAGGGAACAGAGCCAGUCAACCCACAUCUGCCCUGCUCUUUCCUCUGUAGCGUGGCAGAGCCCGCGACUUUCUGUGGCUGUUACUCCUCGCCCUUAGUGCUGUCGGCUCAUUGCUCAGCAUGCAGCACUUACUUCUAGUGUUUAAGGAUGCCGGGGCCACGUGACCAAGAGGCUUUUGAUGACUGUCAGGGGAGCUGGGGCGUCGUCUUUUGAGUUUGGAGGUUGCUGUGAACUCAGGUCAUUUUCAUUGCCUAUUUAUUUAGCAGGUCUCAUCUAAUUCUCAGGAAUGCCGAACCCGUGUCUUCUGACCGUUGAUAAAGGUGGGUGAGUGCAUCGAGUGUCAAUGAAAGGAGUAAGUCUGCUUCUCCUCACAUCUCAGAGCUGUUGGGUUUCACGGCUGGAGUUUAUGUCAACUCCGGGAGAUAGCAGGGUUCAAACCACUCCUUCAGUGAAGAACAGAUGUUCUGCAUCUCUGGACAGCUGUUUCCAGUUCAUCAUUUCAUCAACAUUGAUGCCGAUUUUGGUUUUAUAGUUCUUGUCUUUCCAUGUCUGCAUGUAAUCAUGGGAUAUGUUGGUGUAUACUAAAGAAAUAUACCAAGUAUGUGUAAUUCUGACUUGAUUUAGAAGCUAAGUCAAUUAUCAAGUAACAGUUCACAGUUUUACUCCAGCAAGUACUAAACUGGCCCCUAAAAGUCCUGAUUUUGAUACUAAUUAAAAUUCUAUUCUCUA